AUGUCAGUCCCGAGACUCAUGAACAAAUGUGAAGAGUACCUGGUGUUCCACAGUCUCAUGCCAAUGAUCGAUAAACUGGGAUACGCUGGGCAGUACAACUUGACACCCCCUCCUGGUAACGAAAUACCUUUUUUGAGAGUUUCUUUCUUGAAUCAACACUUUUUGCAGUUUUGUUGCAAAGAAAUACACAGAGAAAACCAGAUGGGAUCACUGAAAAGACACGAAAAGUUCAAAAGACUGUCACGGAUUGUUCAUGCGAGAUUGAGAAGUAUGAAGAGAGAAUGGAGCUACGGAAGCAAGGAUCGACAAAAUAAAGUUUAUGUAACGAUUUUCUAACACUCCCUUUUUAUCACAAUUUGGUAUAAUACAAUCUGGAAUAAAUUUUUGGACUCUAACAAGCUAAAAUAGCUAAAAAGUACCUAACAUGAAAAUUGCGUAAAGCCGGAGAGAAUCAAAAGGUCCUAUAAAAGUAGGAAUUGCCACGGAAACACAACUUGCACAACACAUCUUCUCUGACUUUGAGCUUUUGUUGUUUUGCAAGUUUUGAUAUUAUUUUAAUGAGUUCAACUGAAAAUUUGUGCACGAAAAACAGCAAAACAUCAUUCUCUUGGAGAGUAUGUCUGUUUGCUUGUUUGUUUAUUUCUCCGUUUGUCCAGUGUAGAUGACAAAGUAAUAUUUCCUGUUCGGCUCAAUUCCUUCGAACUAAUCGAAUUAGUGACACUCUCGCACACAGACAACACUUUUAAUGAAAAUUUAGAAUAUCUUGUCUUGUCUAUGGCAAAUGUCUCCUCUUUGCUCUCAAUUCAAGGUUCUUCGUCACCGCGCGAAAACCUGCGAGUGACGAGCGAAUGGAUUCACGUUUUCCGCCUCACGUCCGUCGUCUGUUCAUUAGUAUGCUCGCCAACUCACCGCCCCAUUCGCCGACCAUUUCGACGAGAAGCACAUUCAAAAUUUCAGACACAUUGUCUGAAAUGAGGAUAGAGGUGGCGCCGGACUGGUACGUGUACAGUAUGCACAUGACCGCCGUCCUCACCACCCCUCUCAAUCUGAUCGGAGUGCUCAUCAUUGUGUUUUGUCAGACGACGCAAGUUCAGUCCCUCAGGUGGCAUCUUUUGACAUAUCAGGUUGGUUUCUGACCCAAGACCCUUCAAACAAGCCCUUUGAUUUACAGAUUUGCUCAAUGAUCACCGAUUUCCUCAUCAACAUCGGAUGCCUGCCAGUCGUUUAUUCGCCGUUUGCAAUCGGCAGACCUCACGGGUUGUUCACAAAAGUCUUUACCUAUUUCGGGAAUAACAAGACUACUGAAGCUCAAUGUGUGAGUUUUGUUUUGCUUUCAGUAUACAUGUGGCAUUUCAUAAUGUCACAAAACCAGAUGGAGAACAUCUUCCUGAUGGAGUCUAACAAAGUUAGUUCGCGCAGGGGGAGAAGUCUUGUAUUAUAUGUAGAAAUAACAAAUUUAUUGGAAUAUUAGAGAAAUGUAACAAGAAUCGUUCAGGUUGUGGUGUUCGUGUCCAUGUACAUCACGGCUGGAAGUGUGGAGCUCCUCUUUUUCCUGCGAUGCCAAGCAAUUCUGCCGAUCAAUCACAAAUACAAAUUGACGCUCGGCAAAUCGAUUCUACUCACUGCACUCUAUCAAUGCGUCCUGAUCGCCUUAAUGGUCAUCUCUUUCACUUCGGCGGUGCCCGAUCAAGCCGAGACACAGGCGCAGUUUCUGAAGAUGUACCCGCAGUUCGAGUACCUCAUCGUCGACGAGAACGUCUUCUUCUUCUGUGUUCACGUCGAAGCGGUACACGUGCUCUUUCUGUCCACGUGUCUUUUGCGACUCGCCGCCGGAAUGGCAAUGGUUUUCCUGCUGGUUUGGAUGUCGAGCAGGGCGUUACACUCGUUCCAACUCUCGACGCGCACCAGGAGAAUGCACUUGCAACUCAUCAAAAGUCUAUGCUAUCAGGUUCGAUUCUAACUUUCAUACACAAUUACUUUGUCUUUAAAUUUGGCCAUUCCGGUCUAAUAGCCUCGCCGAAAAGAUGAAGAACUUUCAAAGAACAAGAGUUUGUGCAAUAAACUUGUUCGAACGUGAUUUCACGAAAUCUUGAGAUGUUUCAAUUUUCAAGCGAACUUUCAGAUAUCCGUGCCCGUGGUGGCCUUCUAUGGACCGUUGAUAGUCUUGAUUAUUCCGUUGAUAUUCACAAUUCCAGAUACUCAAGGUAAACAUCGAAAUAAAUGGCAACACAACUUCCAUAUAUCCAUACUUUUUGCAGUGCCCUUCUUCUUCUGCCUCCUCUUCAUGUCGGUGCACACGAGUCUGGGCACUCUGAGCAUGCUCUACUUCAAUCGUCCCUACCGAAGUUGGCUCAUUCUGACACUCCGCAAACGGACGUUCGUCACUUCGCAUUCUGGAUCGCAGUUCAAAACUAACAAGUACUUUGCGCGAACCGAUAGGAUUAAGGAGGGCGUCUCUGCACUCUUCUGA